GCUGGUGCGAGACGCGUGGCGCGUGCUGGUGGAGAGUGGGGGCCGUUGGGGCGCGGGGGAGGCGAGGAGGCCCUCACAGACAUGGUGGGGAAGGGAGGUCUCUACGGCUGCCAAGACCCCAUGUGCUGGAGACGAAUGCGCGACCUGCACUGGGCGGUGGUCGAAGCUAAGGGGAGCGAGCGGAAAGGCCUCGCCAGGCUGGAGAAAUGGUAUCAGGAGGAGUUACCGGUUGCUCUCGCAGGACGGACAGAAAAGUAUUUGACCCAGGGCGAAGUGGUGAAGCUGAUGCAGUGGAAACUCACCCGGGGGAAGUUCCGUCCUCGUCUGCAGCAGCUGGUGGCAACUAACUCCCAGGAGACAGUGGAGCGCUGUACAAGGAAAGCUUUUCAGCUCCUCCCAGAUGUGGCAGCUGCCAUAACUGAGCUCAGCCAGCUAAAAGCUGUAGGACCAGCCACAGCUUCAGCAAUCCUGGCAGCAGGAGCCCCUGAGGUUGUGGCUUUUAUGGCAGAUGAAGCAGUGGAGUCCAUCCCAGGCCUCACCCCCAUUAAGUAUUCCCUCAAGCACUACAUCCGCUACCUGGACGGGAUCCAGCUCUGUACCAAGAAACUAAAUGAAGUUGACACAGAGAGAGGGUGGACUCCUCACCAGGUGGAGAUGUGUCUCUGGGCCUGGGCUGUGGCACAGAAAUUGUGUCCUGCGCUGCUGCAGAUGCUUUGCUUAGGAGAAGAAGAGGCUGGUGAGGAUGCCAGAGCCACAAAGAAACAAAAAACCAAAUGAAAUAUCAUCCCAGGCAGAGCCCCAACAAGCAUCUACACAUUUGCCUUCCAACCACAUGCCUAUGGUGGACUCCUUGGGGAUCUAAGUGUUGCCCUGGUUCUGGUGCACUGUGGGGGGGAAGAGAGAGAGAAAGAGGGGGAAUGAGAUGUUAAGUGAAUUCCUCUCCAGUCUGUUGCCCAAGCUGCAGAAACCUGUGUUCAAGACCCUGUCGUCUCCAGCCACUGGCUUUAUGGGUGUCCUGCUUCUUUCAAUGAUUUUUUAAUAAAACUUUGAUAGUUUUUUGUAGAACCACAUGGCCAG